UAAAUUUGCCCUUGUGACGUACAGUCAUAAGCCUCAGACUGAGUUCCAGCUCAACAGCUACCCAACAAUACGGGAAGUCCUGGCACACGUCAAGGCCAUGCCGUACCGUGGUGGGGGCACCCGGACCGGCCUCGGCCUGGAUUUUCUGAUCCAAACACAGUUGACCACCGCUUCUGGCAGCCGUGCUGUCGAUGGCGCAGCUCAGGUGGUGGUGGUGUUAACAGAUGGCCAGUCCCAGGAUGACGUAGCAGAGCCGGCUCAGGUGCUGUGGCUGGCAGGCGUGGAGGUGUUUGCGGUUGGAGUUCAGGAUGCGGUUGACUCGGAGCUCAGGGAGAUGGGGAGCCAGCCCCAUGACACUCAUGUAUUCAGUGUAGAAUCUUUCCUGACUUUGCGAGAUAUAAUUCAAGAUUUAGUAGUGGGGCUUUGCGACGCAGUGACACGCUCAGGGGGGGGUCCUGUGGCAAACGAGGCCCCAAUGGCUGGAGGAGGGACAGCACAAGAUUCAGCUGACCUAAUACUCUUAAUUGAUGGAUCAGAGAACGUUGGAGCAGCAAACUUCCCCUUUGUGCGUGAUUUGGCUUUGAGAAUCAUUGAGCGCCUCGAUGUGGGCAGGGACACUAUUCGGGUUGCUUUGGUCCUGUACAACGGCGACCCAGAUAUAAAGUUCUAUCUAAAUAGCUAUGACAGCAAGUCAUCAGUCGUGGAAGCUGUGAAGGGCCUGGCCUACUCAGGGGGUGUUGAGUCUAACUUGGGUGCCGCCCUGGAGGAAGUGGCCCAGAGCCUUUUGAGCGAAUCAGCUGGGGGCAGGGCAGACGAGAAUGUGCCCCAGAUGUUGCUCGUUAUCAGUGCUGGGCCAUCCACAGAUGAUACUGGUGCCGGGGACCGGGCCCUUAAGAGGGCCGGUGUUAUCACAUUCGGCGCUUCGGUCGGUGACACGGCUACUGCAGAUCUGGAAACAGUUGCUACAGAUAAGACUUUUGUCCUGUCAGCCCCUGAUUUCAGAGCAGUGGCAAGCAUUGGUGACCAGCUGUUUCCAUACAUUAAUGGGGUGGUCCAACGCACCAUUAUAGUUCAGAAUGAGUUCACAGAAGUUGUGGCAGUUGGAAAAAGAGACAUAAUUUUCCUUAUCGAUAGCACAAUGGGUGCAACGAUCAUCAAUUCUGUGCGUGAAUUCAUCAAGCGGUUUGUGGAAAUCAUGCCAAUUGGUCCGGACCAGGUUCAAGUAGGUGUGGCCCAGUUCAGCAAUGCCCCUCGACUUGAGAUGGAUCUCAAUUCCUAUGGAUCCAGGGAAGAAUUAACGGCGGCUUUGAGCUCUAUCAAACCAAGACCUGGACAGACGGUUAACAUUGGAGCAGCCUUGGACUUCGUGCGAACAAAUAUGCUGCUGCCUGAGAAGGGAAGUCGUAUUAACCAGGGGACCCCCCAGGUUUUACUGCUGAUGACCAGUAAGAAGUCCAGUGACAGUGUGGAAGCACCAGCUUUGGCCUUGCAGAGAAUGGGUGUGUUGACUCUUGCUGCAGGCUCCAAAACAGCUGAGGAGCAGGAGCUGCAGAAGAUCGCCUUUGCUCAAAGCGUUGCAUUCUAUAUGAGGGACUUCCGGCAAUUGAUUCGCAACCCAAAGGCCAUAGUUGAUGCACUCUCCACUCUAGCUGGGGUGGUGGUGACUGAAGUACCGACCGAGACAGUGACGGUGAUAACAGUGCCCACUCAAAGAGUGGUGCGAGACAUUGUCUUCCUUGUCGAUGGCUCAAACUACAUUGGCAGCAGUAACUUUCCCUUCAUGAGAGACUUCAUUAUCAACGUGGUCAACCAGCUGGAUGUAGCUCCUGACAGAGUCCAGAUUGGUCUCCUUCAGUUUGCUGAGCGUCCGAAAAUUGAAUUUUAUCUGAACAGUCAGAGCAGCAGGCAAGAUGUUGUGGAUAAAAUUUCUCAACUCAGACUCUCCGGAGGCUCGGUUCUGAAUACAGGAGCUGCUAUGAAUUAUGCCCUGGAAAACAUGUUCAGGGUAUCAACUGGCUCACGCAGGAAGCAGGGAGUCCAGCAGGUGUUGGUUCUGAUCACCGGCGGUCCAGCUCAGGAUCAGGUUAAAUCUGUAGCUGAUAAAUUGGCUCUGGCUGGUGUUUUGACCUUCACUGUCAGCUCUGGGCAAGCAGAUGAAGCGCUACUGAGGAAUGUUGCCUUUGUUCCAGAUUUGGCUUACCAUGAAACAAGCUUCUCUAGUUUGCCAGCUCUAGCUGAAGUCAUCAUGCCAAAGUUGAUAACUGUGGUUGGUGAUACAGAUACAAUUUCAUCAACCUUCCCUGAGGAAACUGUUGUUGGAGGUGAAAGAGAUGUGGCCUUCCUCAUUGAUGGCACAGAUAGUGUUCGUGGAGAUUUUGAAUACAUCAGGGAUUUUAUCAUUAAAGUCAUUGAACCACUUGACAUCGGGAGUGACAGAGUGCGAGUCUCAGUGGUUCAACACAGUGAGAGGCCAACACCAACCUUCUACCUUAACACAUAUCAAACCAAAGAUGAGGUAAUAAGAGCUGUCAAUGGAAUGACUCUGACUGGUGGACGAAGCCUAAACACAGGAACUGCUCUUACAUUCAUGAAGAACACCAUCUUGUCUGAAAGGCAUGGUAGCCGUUCGGCACAAAAUGUCCCUCAGUUCCUCAUCGUUUUGACUGGAGGCAGAUCCAGGGACAACGUGAAGGAUCCUGCUGGAGCGCUGAAAACAGACGGGGUCGUUCCAUUUGGUGUUGGUGUCAGGGAUGCAGACCCGAGGCAGAUAGAGGCCAUUUCGCACAACCCUUCCUUUGCCUUCAAUGUGAGGGAGUUCAGUGAGCUUAACACUGUACCACAAAAGCUGAACAACUAUGUGAGCCUUCCAAGGGAACAGCUGACCCUGGUUCUACAGCAAGUUGAAUUAGAGUCCCCUCAAAGAGACAUAGUGUUUCUAUUGGAUGGGUCAGACGACACACAGAAUGGAUUCCCAGCAAUGAAAAGCUUUGUCCAAAAAGUGGUAGAAACACUCAGUGUUGGUGAGAACAAAGACCGUGUGUCUGUGGUCCAGUAUAGCGGGGAUCCACAGACACAUUUCAGUUUGAACACCUACAAUGAAAAAGAAAAUGUUCUUGCUGCAGUCCAGCAGUUGAACCACAAAGGAGGCGGACCCCUUAACACUGGGGCAGCUCUCGACUACGUGAGGAAAAGUGCUUUUUUGGAUUCUUCUGGAAGUCGGCAUCAUGACGGUGUCCCUCAAAUACUGAUUUUGUUGAGUGGGGGAAGAUCUCAUGAUGAUGUUGCAAGUGCUGCUGCGGCUCUAAAACAGGUCAAAGUUGUUCCAUUCUGUGUAGGAACAAGAACUGCAGACAUAUUAGAGCUCCAAAUGAUUGCACACAACCCUUCCUAUGCCUUCUCUGUGCUCCGGUUUGAUGAUAUUGGGAGCAUCUAUCAACAACUUGUCUCAUUUGUGAAAAGAGUGCCUCGACAUCAGCCACGACAAAAAACACAGAAUGCAUUAGUUUCUACAGAUCCAGCUGAGUCCAUUCAACACGAUAUCGUAUUUUUACUGGAUUCCUCAGAUGAAAUGCAAAAUGACUUUAAGGCAAUGACUGGCUUUGUUGAGAGAAUGGUUGACAAAUUAAAUGUGGAUGAGAACAAAGAUCGUGUUUCGGUGGUGCAGUACAGCAGAGAAUCCUCUGUUGAUUUUUUUCUGAACACACACAAAACACAGAAGGAUGUUGCUGACAAUGUGCGCAUUCUAAAGCAUAAAGGAGGCAGACCCCUACAUUCUGGUGCAGCUCUUCAGUACAUCAAGGAUAAUGUUUUCACUGCCUCUUCUGGCAGUAGGCACCAACAGGGUGUCCCUCAGAUUUUGGUUCUUUUAACUGGCGGGCAAUCCAGUGAUGAUGUCAGAAAUGCUAUAAACAACUUGAGAGGAUUCGGUGCGAGGGUAUAUGUGGUUGGAAUAAGAAAUGCAGAUAUCCUUGAGAUACAGUCUAUUUCACAGGAAGCCAGUCAUGCUUUCUUUGCAGCAGACUCCAGUGAUCUGUCAGGCAUUGAACAGCAAAUAUUUUCUGACAUCAAGAGCAAUGCAACCCCUGCUAUCAUACGGAAAUUUUAUGAUCCCAGCAGAAGAGACGUUGUUUUUUUGCUUGAUGGUUCUGAUGAUUCUCAGCGAAGAUUUCCAGAUAUCAAAGAUUUUGUGCAGAAAAUAGUGGUGGAACUCAAUAUUGAUGCAAACAGAGAUCGCGUGGCUGUGCUCCAGUACAGUAACGAUGCAGUGAUUGAUUUUGACUUAAGACGUUACUCAACAGAAGAUGAUGUUAUUGGUGCAGUAAGAGGCCUCAGUCACAAAGGAGGUUAUCCUCACAACAUUGGAGCAGCUCUCCAGUAUAUAAAGGAUCACAUAUUUUCUCCGGAACUAGGAAGUAGACUCCUUGAGGGAGUUCCACAGAUACUCAUACUACUAAGUGGUGGAAGAUCUGAAGAUGACAUAAGAACCCCGGUCAGAAUGCUGAAAGACACCGGUGUCAUUACAAUUGCCAUUGGAACAACUGACGCUGACACCCUACAGCUGCAAACUAUUUCUCAUGAACCCAAUUAUGCAGUCUCUAUUACUGAUUAUGAGGAACUUCCUACAGCUAAGCAGGAUGUGUUGUCAUUGUUGAGAGAUGCUUCUCAACGUCUAGAGCGAACCGCUUCCCCCAAAAGUUUUGAUUCAGAGAAAAAAGAUGUUGUAUUUCUUAUUGAUGGAUCAUAUGACUCACGAAACAGCUUUGAAGAAAUACGAGGCUUUGUUGAAAAAAUGGUCGAAAGUUUCAAUCUUGAUGAGAACAGAGACCAAGUGGCUAUUGUUCAAUUCAGCCGUGAUGCAACCGUCAAUUUCUACCUGAAUUCCUAUUCAACCAAGAACGAUGUGCUCAAUUUCAUAAGAACAAUAAGACACAAGUUGGGCAGACCUCUUAACAUUGGCAAAGCACUUGAGUUUGUUAAAGACAAUGUCUUUGCUGACUCAGUUGGAGGCAGAAGUGCAAAAUCAAUCCCUCAAUAUCUGUAUGUAUUUAGUGGUGGGAGGUCAGGGGAUGAUGUCAGAGGACCAGCACAAUCACUCAAAGAAAAUGGCAUAAAGACUUUUACUAUUGCGACAAAGAAUGCUGAUACAUUGGAAAUGCAAACCAUCUCCUUCACACCAGCACAUUAUUUUCAUGUCACAAACUUUAACAAUCUGCAAAGCAUACCUCCAUCUGUAGAAGCAGCAUUGAGGGGUGCUCAAGAAAUAACAGAAAUCCCAACAGCCAUUGGUAAGAUGUAG